AUGGAAGAGAUACCGAGUGAACAGACUACUUUGUCGGAUAAUAAUAUACUAAACUAUAUUUCACCGUAUUUCCAAGUUUCAGAAACUAAAUACGGUGGUAAUGGGUGUUUUAGUUAUAACACCAUCCCCAAAGGGGAAAUCAUAUUGAUUUCUAAAAUUCCUGUUGGUCUGACUGUUUCUAGAGACUUUAAGAAAGAAGUGUGUAAUUUAUGUUUCAAAUAUGACGACGGUAGAAAUCUAAAGCAUAAGUUGGGGUUACCCAAGUAUAAUCAGUACUUAUAUUUUUGCAGUGAAACCUGCGUAAAUACCUUUAAUGAGAUAGAUCCUGAAAAGCUUUUAACUAAAAGUUUGUUGGAUUUGGAUAACUACUAUAAUCAAGGUUUGAAGAAGCCUGAAGUUGAAUAUAGUUCAAAACCACUUACGGAAUCAAAUAUCGAAAACAAAUGGCAAGAAACAGAAAUUUGGGAUAAUGAUAUACUAAAAAUUAAAUCCACCAAAUGGUCUAAAUUUAUACCCAGAAUCAACGAAUCAGAGUACCUGGAGAUCAAAUAUAUUAUCAGUAUUCUUUUUCAGAUGUUCCAAAGUGAAAAUGCUGAGGCUAAUACUGAGUUUAUGAAAGACUUGAAUAUUAGAGAGAGUUUAAACUUUGAGGUUAAAUUAUUUGAUUUCUUACAAAAUAGUGAAACAGAAAAGUAUUUGAAAUUCCCAGAAUUACUUGAAAGUUAUGUAAAUAUCUUUAAAUUCGUCAGACUCACUAGCCCUAUACAAUUUCAGAAAUUCAUUAAUACCUCAACAAUAAGAUCAAUUAUUGGUAAGAAUUUGACAAAUGCUUUCGGGAUUUGGUCAAUUACAGGAGAUUCUGAGGUAGAUCAUAACAUCAAUGAGAAUAGAGAGUUCUUUGGAUUCGGUGUUUUCCCUUCAGCUUCAUUUUUCAAUCAUUCUUGUGAUCCAAAUAUUAAAAAGAUCAGAAAAGGGAAUGAAUUACAUUUCCAAACUAAAAGAGAAAUUGAACCUCAUGAGGAAUUGUGUAUAGACUAUGGGAAUUAUCUUGACGAGUCAGUAGAAAUAAGAAGAAAACAAUUGAAAGAAUGGUUCUUUGAUUGUGGUUGUAAAAGGUGUGAAGUAGAAUUAAAAUCAGGUUGA